AUGGUAGAAGGGGAACCGAACUCUCCAACUUGGAAGUUCACUCAAUGUUUUGGUGAUAAAGGCGAUGUCGAAGAUAUAACGGAAGCGGAUAUCAUAUCAACAGUCGAAUUCGAUCACACCGGAAAUUAUCUUGCUACAGGAGACAAAGGUGGACGUGUUGUUCUUUUUGAGAGGAAUGAGACGAAAAAAACAUGCGAGUACAAAUUCCACACAGAGUUUCAAUCUCACGAGCCCGAGUUCGAUUACCUCAAGUCAUUAGAGAUAGAAGAGAAGAUCAACAAGAUCAAAUGGUGCAAACGACAAAAUGCCUCUCAUUACCUACUCUCAACGAACGAUAAGACUAUAAAGUUAUGGAAAGUGUUUGAGAAGUCACUGAAGGUUGUUGCAGAGAACAACCUUUCCCAUGAUUUAACUCCAGGAAAUCCUGCAGGAGGUGGUGGAGGUGUCCGAUCCAUAUCAAACGUUCACUUCAACAGUGCUCACGACCUGAAAUUACCCCGCCUUACUCAUCACGACACUGUUGUUGCCGCAGUACCACGUCGAACAUAUGCAAAUGCACAUGCAUACCAUAUCAACAGCAUUUCAGUGAACAGUGACGGAGAAACAUUCAUUAGCAGUGAUGAUUUGCGAAUAAACUUAUGGAACUUGAAUAUCCAAGACCAAAGCUUCAAUAUCGUAGAUAUCAAGCCCGCCAACAUGGAGGAGCUUACUGAAGUCAUCACGGCUGCAGAGUUCCACCCCCAAAGUUGUAACUGGUUCAUGUAUGCAAGUUCAAAAGGAACAAUCAAGCUUGCAGAUAUGAGAGAGAGCGCUCUCUGCGACCAACACGCAAAGCAAUUUGAACAGGAAGAAGAUCCAUCUGCUCGAUCAUUUUUCUCGGAAAUCAUUUCAUCCAUUUCUGACGUCCGAUUCUCUCAUGAUGGUCGAUACAUUCUUUCACGUGAUUAUCUCACUGUCAAAAUCUGGGAUGUCAACAUGGAGAGACAACCUGUCAAGACUAUUCCAAUCCACGAGCAUCUUCGACCACGUCUUUGCGAUACUUAUGAAAAUGAUAGUAUCUUUGACAAGUUUGAGGUAGUGUUCUCUGGUGACGCUAAGAAUGUCAUGACUGGUAGUUAUAACAAUAACUUUAUGAUCUAUCCAUCAGAUCCCGAUAAGGAAGUGGAGGUGGUCCUCCAAGCCGAUAAAUCAGCUUUCAAGGCUAAGAAGGUUGGUGUUCCAACACCAAUCAACCCAUCUGGUAGCCCAACCGCUGCGAAUGGUAAAAAGGGCAACUCGAGGGCAGGUAGUCCAGCUGCUGGUGUUGGUGGUCAAGGUGGAAGGAUGAAGAAAGAAACAGACGCAGACCAAAUCGACUUCAAUAAAAAGAUAUUACAUAUGAGUUGGCAUCCUUUCGAAGACAGCAUUGCCAUUGCUGCAACGAACAACAUUUCACCUCAACUCCCCCAAAACUCACCACCGUCACCAAACCUAGAAACACUCAUCAAAAUGCAUCUUAUGUACACCCUCGAUGCGGCUGGAAAGCGCAAGUACACUUUGAAGAAAGUGAUUGGAGGCGAGGUCACCAAGAGUGCGCAUCCAGCCAGAUUCAGCCCGGAUGAUAAAUAUUCGAGACAUAGAGUUACAUUGAAGAAGAGAUAUGGAUUGCUUUUGGUGCAGCAGAAGGAUCUCAAGGUUUUGGGCCAAUAAAUAUCUCUCACCACUUCUCGAGGUACAGAUGGGGGCUACUUGACAUGAAAAUGCAGGCGAAGCGAGGAAAGAAAAGGAAAAUGAACAGUCAUGUGCAUAACGCGCGCUGUGUUCAAUCGUCAAAAUGUGUAGGAAGGGAAAGGCAAGGCUGAAUUGAAUAAUUGGCUGCGAGAAAGCUCAAGCUAGUGGGUGGAUUGGAAUGGGUGGUUGAAAGGGAAUGUGCGGAGUAUACUGGCGUUUCUGGACGAGGGAUUCUUAUAUCUAUCUGUCGGUUCUUCGUGUGUAAGAGAAAGAGGGAGAAAAUUCGAUUUCUGUUAGU